UACCCUUGAGAACUUGCAAAAGUAUAAUGCUACCACUGAGAAUUUCCAAAAAAAUUAUAUCGUGUUUUUUUAGACUUUAAUCCACUUACCCCUACUCCUCAUCAACCCUAAACCACCAAUAAAACACCUCUAGUCGGUGGCGCCACUGCCAACCACCUCUCCUUUUCAGCCGCUUCCAUUCUCGGUAUCCACUUUCCUCUUAAUCUAACCAUGGAAUUUCUGUUUGAGGUGCGAAGAUUCAAAUUUUUUCCAUGAUGGAAGAAGAAUUUGGGGGUAAUGUGAAGCAAUUGUUAUCAAAACUGUUUAAAUCCUCUAUUGAAUCAACUGUCCCCAGUGAGCAUCAUGUACUGCCGCUCAUUUCGAUUAGCAAAAACUUUGGUGGUGACUACCAAUGCAAUAAUGCUAUGGGUUUGUUCGGCAAGAUAAAGAAGACAAUGCCUGAAUUUGAGAACCCCAAAUCCGUUGGUGAGGCUAUCAUCAAAAAUUUGCCCGAGUCGGAAGUGAUUGAGAGCUGUUCUAUUGCUGGACCAGGGUUUGUGAAUGUUGUCCUGUCAACGACAUGGUUAGCUAAGAACAUACAAAAGAUGCUUAUGGAAGGUAUCCAAACAUGGGCUCCAAAAUUGACAAUCAAGAAGGCAGUAGUAGACUUUUCUUCACCUAAUAUUGCAAAGGAGAUGCAUGUUGGCCACUUGAGAUCAACCAUUAUUGGGGAUACCCUCGCGAAGAUACUUGAGUUUUCUGGUGUUGAAGUGCUUCGAAGAAAUCAUGUUGGUGAUUGGGGUACACAGUUUGGCAUGCUGAUCGAGUUCUUGUUUGAGCAAUGGCCACAAUGGGAUGAAUCGGAUGAUCACAAUAAAAUUCCUAUUGAGGAUCUUCAGGUCUUCUACAAACAGGCCAAAAAAAGAUUUGACGAUGAUGCCAUCUUCAAGGAAAAGGCACAAAAGGCGGUGGUGAGCCUUCAGAGUGGAGAACAACCCAAGUACACGAAGGCAUGGGCUCAAAUAUGUGAAAUUAGUCGUAGGGAAUUUCAGAAACUUUAUAAUUGUCUCGGGGUUCACAUAGAAGAAAAGGGUGAAAGUUUUUACAAUCGUUAUAUUCCAGAGGUUUUGGAGGAUUUGAGGAAAGAAGGUCUGAUUGAAGAAUGCAAAGGAGCUCAGGUUAUAAACAUUAAAGGAAAAAAGAUACCUCUUAUUGUUGUAAAGAGAGAUGGAGGUUUUAACUAUGCUUGCACUGAUUUAACUGCUCUUUGGUAUCGCAUCAAAGAAGAAGAAGCUGAAUGGAUUAUAUAUGUAACUGAUGUUGGUCAGAGUGAGCACUUUGAAAUGGUCUUCCAUGCAGCAAAACAAGCAAAGUGGCUUCCACGUGAUGGAAAUGCACUCCCUAAAGCUACUCAUGUGGGUUUUGGUCUUGUACUGGGAGAAGAUGGCAAGCGUUUUCGUACUCGAAGCUCUGAAGUAGUUCGUCUGGUUGAUUUACUUGAUAAAGCAAAAGAUCGGAGCAAAGAAGCACUUAUUAAGCGAGGUAAAGCUGCGGAGUGGACUGAGGAGGAACUGGAGAAGACUGCUGAAGCAGUGGGUUAUGGGGCUGUAAAGUUUUUUGAUUUGAGGGACAAUCGACUCACCAAUUACACAUUUAACUAUGAUCAGAUGCUUAAUGAUAAGGGAAAGACUGCUGUGUAUUUACUCUAUGCACAUGCUCGAAUUUGUUCGAUUAUCAGGAAAUCUGGUAAAGACAUUGAAGAGCUGAAAAAGGGUGGAGAGAUAGUUUUGGAUGACCAAUAUGAGCGUGCAUUGGGGCUUCGUCUGCUUCAGUUUUCUGAGAUUGUGGAGGAGGCUUGUAGCAAUCUGUUGCCUAAUGUAAUAUGCGAGUACUUGUACAAUCUAUCAAUUGAUUUCACAAAGUUCAAUGAUCACUGCAAGGUGAUUGGCACAGCAGAAGAAACAAGCCGACUGUUGUUAUGUGAAGCUAUAGGAGUGGUAAUGCGGAAGUGUUUUGAACUUCUUGGCAUUACCCCUGUCUACAAGUUAUGAUCCAAGAGCUGGGAUUUUAUUUUUACAAGUGAUAAUCACAUCUACUUUUUCGAUAAAAAAAAAAAAAAUUAUAUCUAAACAAUAGCCUGUCAAAACUAAUUUGGGGAGUAAAUACUAAUUAUUUUGGGUAUAUAUUUCAUAUAGAAUAGAGAAUUUUGUCAGAAGUCACAUUUUGAAAUAGAGAUUUUGUGAAAAAUCAAAUCUUAUGAGAAAAAGUCAUAUUUACAAAAUAUUUUGUGAGAUAACACAUUUA